GAAUCAGUUAAAUUCGUGCCGCGGAUCGUGUCGUGACGUGCAGUGCUGUGUCGCGAGUCCGUCCCAACGUGAGCAGCUCGCCCGAUCUUCGUCCUUCUGUCGCAGCAGAGUACUUUGUCAUCGCCGCCGCCGUACUAUCUAAUCGACAAGCAAGAUGGGGUGCGGAAUGGGAAUGAUCAAAUACCUGCUCUUCAUAUUCAACUUCAUCUUCGCGUUAUGCGGCCUGGCCAUACUGAUCGUGGGUGUCAUCGCGCACCUGAAACUCACGCACUACGCCGACGCGAUUCAGGAGAACGUGACGUUCCCGUCGAUAACUCUGAUCGUGAUCGGCAGCAUAAUAUUCGUCAUCGCCUUCUUCGGAUGCUGCGGAGCGAUUCGCGAGAGUCACUGCAUGACUGUGACGUUUGCGUGUAUGUUGCUGACGAUCCUGAUCAUACAAGUAGCUGUUGCUAUCUACGCUUUCGUCGUACUGAGGAAUUCCGACGACAUCGGGGUUAGCAUCAGGAAGGCGUACGCUGACGAGAUCUUUGCCAAGUACAACAAAAAGGAGAAUGCAGAGAUCGUGAAUGACGUUCAGGCUUUGCUUGGAUGUUGUGGUGUGGAUAAUUACGGGGAUUUCCAAAAAAUCCUGGGUGAAUCUAUCCCCUACAGUUGCUGUGACGCUAAGGAAGGAUCUACCUGUACUCCUUUCAACGCCAGCAAGACGGGUUGCGCGCAAGCGUUGCAGGAUGGCUUCAAGUACGCGGGAGCGGUAAUGGGUGGUCUCGCUCUGGGUGUCGCCGCGGUCGAGCUGAUCGGCAUCAUCUUCGCGCUUUGCCUGGCGAAUUCCAUCAAGAAUGAGCAUCGUAGAGGCUACAGAGUGUAAAGGAAGAAGUGGUGCAUUAACGAGGGACGCCGCAUCGCGCGGGAAGCUUUCAACGCGCAACAACAACCUUAACGUCAUCCUACCAUCAGCGUAUUCGCCUAUAAUAUGUGAUAGAAUACUUACGCUUUAUAAGAUGAUAAAUUUUUUUCUUUUUUCUUCUGUUUUCCUCUUACUAUCUUUUUUUUUUUUUCGAAGAGAGCGAGAUAAAGCAUCUCGUUUCUUCUUCGAGUUUUUGUUCGUGUCGCCAGUCGUGGCUAAAGUGACGCAAGCGUAUUUAUAACAGAGACGUUUUUUUCUUUGUUGACUGGAAAAGUCGGAAUCUAAUGUGAAGCUCGACGCACGACCUGGCAAUGAAUGUUAGGAUUACUAUUAUGAGCUCGAUACUAUCUUUCUUUUAUUUUCGUACGGAAAUAAUCCCUUAUUUAUACAAGUAUAGAUAUAUACAUAUGUACGACUAUUUUGAUACGAUACCGCGUCGACUCACGUCUAUUCUCUAUAGAUUUCCAUAAAGAAAGAAAACUAAUCCGUUACGCAAUUCAAUUCUGUACAAUUCUUGGGAUUUUUUAGUGUGCUCGUUUGAACAAUGGUUUGCGCGCGUUCUUUUUCCGACGAAACAAAUGCGUUUAAGCCGUUUUUGCGACAGAAUAUUCAGUCGUUAACUGACGGGAGACGAAUUGGGGGAGUGAAAAACAAACGAGUGAUAGUAUUUUGUUAUAGUAUUUUACGAGAUAAAUAUUUAAAAAGAAAAAAAGAUAUUUUCAUAUAACAAACUACACACAAUCGUACCUGGAAAGAUCAAUUAAACGUCGCUGUUAAACACUUUCAUAAUCAAUUUGUAUACAAUGCCAACACUUUGUUUGUACAGCACAAAGUUUACUGUAUAAUUUCGAAAUAUACAAUGUUGACUACACACCACACACACACACACACACGCGCGCGCGCGCGCGCAUAUAAAAAAAUAUAUAUGUGUCUUGUAAUAAAACAGAAAAAAAUUUUAAUCUACGAGAAAGAGCUCGUUGCUGCCGUGCCUGUGCAUUUUGUACAGCAUUUUUUCGCGAAGCGUACGACAAUGCGGCGCGACGAUAAAAAAGGGGUGGUUAUAAAGCUGGGCGUGGCAAAGAAAAUAUGUAAAUAAUUUUAUUCAAAUAAAGUGUCGAUUUUAUUCAUCGUU